CCUCGCCUUUCUUCAUCUCAUACACAUUCAGAGCGAGAGAGAAGGAAGAGAGUGACAAUGGCAGCGACGACUCUCUCCAUCACGACCCCAAUCCGCUCCUCUUUCUCUCCCACUCUUUCCUCUGCACAUCACUUCUCGUCUCGUUCCACCUCCAUUUCCUUACGCUUCGGUUCUUCUCCUCCCACGCUCACCCACCGUGCAACCCACCUCCGUCCCAUCGCCGCCGUCGAAGCCCCGGAGAAAAUCGAGAAAAUCGGAUCCGAAAUCUCGUCCCUCACUCUCGAGGAAGCACGCAUCCUCGUCGACUACCUCCAGGACAAGUUCGGCGUCUCUCCCCUCUCCUUAGCUCCCGCCGCAGCUGCUGUCGCUGCUCCGGGAGACGGAGCUGGUGCGGCGGCUGCCGUGGAGGAGCAGACGGAGUUCGAUGUGGUUAUCAACGAAGUACCAAGCAGCUCGCGUAUAGCGGUGAUCAAAGCGGUGAGGGCGUUGACUAGCUUGGCGUUGAAGGAAGCCAAGGAGCUCAUCGAAGGGUUGCCGAAGAAGUUCAAGGAAGGUGUGACCAAGGAUGAAGCUGAAGAAGCUAAGAAACAGCUUGAAGAAGCUGGCGCUAAGGUUUCCAUUGCUUAAAGUGUUUUUAGCAAGUUUAUAAAAAAAUGUGUUCUUUUUCGGAAUUUCAUGGAUCUUUUUUCGCGUGUUGUCAGUAUAGUUUGCGUUUCGAAUUGUUGAUUCCGAUUGGAGGAAAUGUUGAAAACUUUAAUCAAUUUGCUUUCCCUAUUA